CAUACUUUGUCGGAGUCUGCUGAAAGUUGGGAUGUCAUCUUCCUAACGAUCAAGUUAACUAGGGGAAUGGGAGAAUGGUUCUUCUAUCUAUACCCUCAAACGUGCUGGUGCAGACCAUACGCUGACACCGCAGAGACCGUGGUUUCAGAUCAUUGAGUCUAGACAAAAGUUUGUAGGUUGACAGUGGAAGGAUGUGGAUGAGGGCUGAAGUUUAGACAGAUCACAAGGGCUCUAAGGCCUGCCUGUGAUUGGCUGUCCGAUUCGUCCACAGCGGGGAGGCGCCACCUCACCUGGGCUCAGAACAGACUGUGAGAACUUCUCGGCUCCCCCUCCCGCCCGCCCCCCCAGCCCUGCACGUACUGGAACAUGUCUAGCGGACGGUCGGAGGGAAGCCGAGACCGGACAGCCGAGGCCCUAGAGCGAAGCAGCUGCAGUGAAGAUGUCCCUGUCAUCGAGCGCAGGAACCGCAGUGGCAUCAUCAGUGAGCCUCUGAGUAAGAGCCUUAAGAGGUCCCGCACCCUCUCCCAGUACACAGCCGCCUGCCCCACCAACACUAAUGGACACGCACACCACAAUGGAGAGACCAAGAGCCACCCGGCCAAGCCCCAGCCGCCCCCACAGCCCCAGCCCACUGUCUCAGCGCUGGCGGCAGCCAAGCUGGACCGGACCCUGGAGCAGGUCCUGGAAGGACAGAACGGCCUGCUGCACUUUGCCCAGGCUGCGGUGCUGUUAAAGAGGGCUGGGAUGGAGCACAUGCUGCUGCCGGGGGGGAUGGGGAUGGGGAUGGGGGGUAGCGAUUCAAUCUCAGGGGCAAACGACUUGGAGGGUGCGUCUGCUGCGGACUCCAUUGGCGGUAUUGCGGACUUCCCGUACGGUGUGGGAGGCGGCUUCCCGUUCAAUCCCGGACUGUUUAUCAUGACACCGGCCGGCGUGUUCCUGGCCGACAGCGCUCUGCACAUGGCUGGCCUGGCCGAGUACCCGGCGCAGAGCGAGCUGGCCUCCGCCAUCAACUCCGGCAAAAAGAAGCGGAAACGCUGCGGCAUGUGCCAGCCCUGCCGUCGGCGAAUUAACUGCGAGACGUGCAGCAGCUGCCGGAACCGCAAAACGGGGCACCAGAUCUGCAAGUUCCGCAAAUGUGAUGAACUGAAAAAGAAACCGUCUGCCACUCUGGAGAAGGUGAUGCUUCCUACAGGAGCAGCAUUUCGGUGGUUCCAGUAAGACUCUGACCCUCCUCCACUCUAACCCCUACCUACACAAACCCAAAGCUCUGCGAUCAAGUGCAAUGCCAACUCUCGCUUCGAUUGUAUCGGGCAUGGACACUGGCUGACAAGAAAACAAACAAACAACAAAUAAAAAGAUGUAAAAAAAAUACGAAACAGGAAUGAUACAAAAUAAUCAACUGAGUAAUGGAUGCACCAAUUAUUCCUUGAACCAAAAAUUAAAUAUAAAGAAAAUAAUCUAUGGCAACUUUCAUUCAUUCCCUUUUCUAUGUUCCCAUUUUGGUACAUUUUGUCCUGUUUCCAGCAGGACUUUUCUGUCGCUCAGACAUGGAACUGUUCAUUGCCUAACAGAAAUGAUGGACUGAGUGUGGACAAUCAACACGUCUGUGUUUGGUGUUAAUGUUGUUCACGUGUGGAAAGAUACAGUACUUGUGUAGAGAAUGUACAUUUAUGGCUAUAUUUUAAAACUAGUGGCUAAUGGCAGGCACUAUUGUAAUUUAGCACCAUUGUUCUUAUCUAAACCCUUGUCUAUUUUAUGAUUUAUAUUGUUGCAAGAAUAUAGUUUGAAAUGGAUCAAUGGUUGUCUUUUAAAAGAAAAAGGAAAUGUUUCAAAAUUUAAAAAUCCAGAUUUCUGAUUCAAAUUAAAAAUCAACUCUCACCCUUUGGGGCAGAAGUCUAGGGGACUCUUUAGCAGGAUGAUGCUAACCUCCAGAGAACUCACUGGAAUCUCCCCAACCAACCAACCAACCAACCAACCAACCAACCGUGUUUUUCUGGCCUGUAUUUCCAAGCGUUUUAUUUAAUGAAACUGGCAGCCUUACAUUCCUGUGGCCCUAGCGACUGUGUCUGGCAUGAGGAGGACAGAGGGCGACAUCACUAGGAGGCACUUGAUCUGAGUCUACCCAUUUCAAAGCACUGAAACAUGAAUUUAUCUUUUUUUUUUGUAUUUUUUUUUCAAAUUAUGUUGCUGAUAGCUACAUCUUUUAAAAACAACAGCGAUGUUUGUAUUCAUUUAGAAAAUUGGACUGGAUUUGUGAAUAAAAACGAAUGCAUGUAUUUGUGUAAACAUUUACAGUC